AUGAUUGAUAUGGAAGUAGAUUUUGCUAGACAACACACUUUAGCCUGGCUUAGAAUGCUUCAAGAUGAAGUGUUAGACGUUGAAUUACCUUCACCACUUCACAAUAAACAACGAAAACACAAUAAUCCAACAUCUCAAAGUGAAGAAGAGGAGGAAUUUGAAAGUUCCGAUGAAGAAAGUUCAACUACAGAAGAAGAAGAAUCAAGUCCAGGAUACGAAAAAUCCAAUAAAAGGAUUGGAGAAGCAGUUAAAGAAAUGAACAAGAUCAGAAAACGUAGAUCAGAACUUUCUCAACUAGAACAAGAUGGUAAAUUCAUGUUUACAGAGAUUGAUCAAACAGAUCCUGAUUUUGGUGAAUAUUCUAUUGAACCUCGUUAG